AUGAAGCUCAAAGGUUACCUGCCUCGCCGACUGGCAAAACAAAAAGACGUUGCCAACGGCAUUGUACUACCCCGUCAAGAAGACGUCGAUGGCGAUGAUGACAACGUUCAGGCCACGGCACUGGGUCGAAGCUGGAGUCUCGAGUCAGACCUGCGCAUCAGCAAAGUUCGUAUGUCACCACUCACACCGCAAGACGAAGAACCUCGCUUAGGCCUUCGCGUCCACCCAGGGAGGCGCUUUCGAGCAGAGCAGCAGCAGCAUGACGGGGUCGAUGUUCUACAAUACGAACUCAGCCGCUGCACCACACUCCCACUCCCUGAGGACCGCCUAUACUACUCGCAGCCGGCGGACACUGCAUCUGCUGGAGAUAUUGCAUCGUCGUGGCCUUCAAGCGCAUGCCUGACGACGGCGAGCAGCGCGCGAGGUUCCCACACUUCCUCACCGCCGCUUCGCAGGCUCGCUAGUUCAGCGCUCACCAUCACCUCGGCCAGAGUUGGACAUGAUUUCUGCGAGACUGCGCCUCGGGGAGCGAAUAUGGAUGCCACGCUUCCCCCCAGUCCCUCUCCGCGAGCAGAGACGCCCAACGGCUGGGACUCGUCCGUACCCUCGACCCCCAGUCGACGCCCGCUGCGAAUGCGUGUGCGGAGGCUUUUCUCAAGCAGCCAGGGCGACCUUGUCGAUUUUCCCCUCUCGACGUCAACCCUGGCUUUUCUCGCUGGGACAUGCGAUGCGCAGUGCUCGUCGUCUCCCUCUAAAGCGCCCGAAGCCACCUCCGAGCCUAGCAAGAAAUGCGCUCGGUGGCACACGCGCAGCACUGUGCAGGAGCUUCCCUCGGAUGGAGAGGUGAGAUCCAAGACCAACAGCCAGGUGCCAGCGCAGGAGCAGGAAAGUGGGCACUCGCGGACCAUGACAUCGUCGACGGCCAGCACCGGCGCCAAUAGCUCUGUCGACGACAACUUCAACAUCGUCAUUGGCACGCCGCUUCUCCUCAGCCCGUCGACGACCAAGAGCACUGUGACAACGGCGAGCCGCAGGGAUAGCGACCUAUUUCGAUUUCCCAAUCUCUUGGCUGCCGCGCCCACAACGCCUUGCACCUCGACCUAUCACCUUUCACAGGGGCAACAGACCUUCGGACCGAGUACAGGAGCAAAGGAUUCGCCCACGGUCCGCGAGGUCACUGUCGCACGCAAGAGGCUCGAAGAUGCCUUCGAAGGCGAGGAACAGGUCGACCAGAGUCGACACCCUUGCCAGCAGCGUGCCUGUCUCUUGCCUCCAAUCGAGCUCAAGACCGAGAAGCUGUCUUCAAGGAGUGCAGAAUUUAACUUACUCCCUACAUUGCCGACAACAGGCUAUCAUCGCGCGAUUCGGAGACGCUCACGCAGCGACGUGGUGCUCCCCAGCGUAUCCCUCGCGCGCACGCCGAGCGAGGACAGGCGCCUGUCUGGCCACCAGCCUUUUCUCGACGACUUUGGCAUGGCAAGCGCGAUGCGCAACCCUACUUCAAGCCUCGGCAGGGGCUUGCUGGCGUCUGGCCCUGCGGCAUUCAGCAGCGAGGGAGGAGAAGAGCUGGCGCGGUCCAGUGUUCGCAGGAUUUUGCACUCGCAGAGAAGCGCAAUGCUCCGACUCGCCCUCUCUGGUUUCUGCGCUACGGCAGAGGACUCUUGCUCAAGCUUCUCAUUGAGGCAGCAGCAAAACCAUCAAAGAGGGCGGCUUGAGGAGGACAGCAGCAUGGACAUUGAGGGCGCCUUUGGUGCCGAUUUUGCGUCUGCGCACGCUUCGAUUGGGAGCAGCAUGAGCGGAGCGCGAUUGGCGGCCGAAGCAGCAGCAUCACCAAGAGAAAGGGCAGCAGAGACAUUGGCAACACCGUCUGCAGGCGACAUCUCGUGGGCCUGGCUACCAAACGAGACUGGCGAAGGAUCGUUUGCCUCUACUGAUGCCAGCCUCUCGUUCUCGCUCCCUCUUCAAACUUCCUCGAGGGACGAUGCUAGAAGUUUCUCGCACGAGCGAGUGCGUUCGGCCCCUUUGACGGUCGAUUGCGUGGGAGAGGGAGGACGUACACAAGGUCUAUUUGCGAUGGACUGUAGGAUCGAGCCCCGGUGGAGCUCGAUAGCCGUCGGGGAUUACCUUGGGUCUCCUAGUAUCUUGCCAGCUGGCUGCUACUCUCCCGUCAUCAUGGACGAGGAAGAGCAAAGGGAGAACGUGCGAGGCGAGGAGGCGCAUCGCAGCGAGGAGGGAGAAGUAGAGAUGCGGAGCCCUUCGGUCAUGGCCUCACCGGAUCUGGGAGGCAUCGAGGAGUCGCAGACGACGGCGGCCAUCGAGGCAGUCCUCGCCUUUGUGACCGCGACCCCGCCUCUCUCCUCCUGUUCGACCGCUUCCCCCAAGCACAGACGCAGCUUCGUCAAGCACAGCAAGACGCCCGUUGGGACAUCCUACCUCUACCGGUCUCUCAAAUAG